AUGUCGGGCAAGAAGCGAAACAGAGACGGUGUUGAAGAGGAGGGACCUAAUGGAAAGGACCAUAUGGCCUGUGACCAAUGCCGUAUCAAGAAGAUCCGCUGUGGUAAAGAGCGGCCUCAAUGCUCCAACUGUAGCCGGCUCGCCAUGUACUGCGAGUGGUCUGGACAUGGGAAGAAGCCAAAUCAAACAGUACUGCUUCACCAGUCAAUCGCGACCAUUGACAACCGGCUUGAGCGUAUCGAGGGAAGAGUCUGUGGCAUGUACCAGCUGCUGCAACAUCUUGGCCCUCACUCCGCUUCUGGUGCUACUAGACCUUAUGGCGGAGGCGGCGGCGGCUCGAUGCCAGAGACCGACUCGGGCUACGGAUACCUGCCCGGCAUGACCUCGUCCAAUUUCCCGGGAAACUCACCGGCAUGUACGCCGACACCCCCUGCGGUGUACCAUAUUGCGCAUGGUCCACGCGGCUACGAGCGUUACUUCGGACCCACGUCCCUCAUGUCCCUCUUGCACAACUUUGACGAUCUCCCGCUGCUGCAGACGACCGACAACAGCAGCAACAGCCAAGCAAAGAUGACCUUGACAGUGACAAGAGCGGAACCACCGGUUCCGGUAGCGGCAGCAGCAACGAGAGAGAACCCAGGGCCCCUGACGGACGCCGCGGAACGCGUGAGGCGGCUCGUAUCGGUUCACCGGGAGCGGCAAGCAGCCAGAGAUAUCAGCAAGAUUGACGGAAGGGUUAUGGUAAAAGAGCCCUCGAUGCUGAUCCUGGUAGCCCUCGUCGAUCCCUACUUUCAGUUAUGCAAUCCGCAUCUCCCGAUAUGGACAAGGGCCGGGUUCCGCAAGCUGCUAGACGCAGCGCAGGAGAAUACCGGAGCCCCCCAGUCCACAUCUUUGACCUUUGCCAUGUGCGCUAACAAUCUUGUUCUGCUAACGCUCACCGCCAUGGCCCUUCAUGGUCAGGCGACUGGAGGCAGCUCCAGGGCUUCCAACGGCACUAUUGACGUGGAGGUUAUCCAGUCUUACAUAGAGAACGCGAGCCGAGCUAUGUUACACAUUGGACAGCUUUUGGAACCUCGCUUGGUCAACGUCCAGGCGCUCUUGUCAUUGUGUGCCGUGGCCCAGGUCUGCCUCCCGGAAGAAGUCUUCAGUCUUGCCUUAACCCUGGCAAACCAAGUCGCCAAGUCGAUGGGUUUGCACCAGUCCCAGGGUUGGAGCUCCAAUAUGAGCCCAGAAGAGGCUGAGGAGAGAAGAAACGUCCUCUACUGCCUGUAUUGCCUGGACAAAGCUGUGUCUUGGAACCACGGAUCUGCACCCAGUGUGGGUAGCACUGCCGGAUUUCUUGCCGGACUCGCAGGUACGCAGCAGGGGCUGUCUGAUGCAGUCAGUAGCGGCGGAGACGGUAGUGGCAGCAGCGCUCUCUACAUGAGCGCGAGAUUCGCUCUGGCUCAGAUCGAUGAUAACCUCUACACAAGUCUCUACGGGCCCGAUGCGGCGGCUGCCACGCAGGGUUUUGAGGGUUAUUUUAGCAAAAUCAACCUUGAGGGCUUCGAAGCCAGACUCAGGCACUGGAGAAAGCUUUACGAUUUCCACAACGAUACCGGCGGUGGUAACCACAUCUCUUUCGCGGAUGACGGGGACGGUAACCGGCUAUCGCAUGUUUCCAGACUGGACCUGGAGGUCAGCUACAGCCUUACGCGUAUGCAAUUGCUUUCGCGCUUCGUCGAAGACCCGGAAGUUUGCUCUGCGCUGCUCGACAAUGCCCGCAGCUGCUUGGUCUCGUUGCAACGAUUGUGGGCUGCUACAUCCGACCCAGGCCACUGCUUUAGCUUCGCCCGACUAGUUUCGUCAUUCCCCCCGGUGGUUGUAUAUCGACUCGCCCUCCAAGCUGCAACCUCUGAGGGGCCUAUGAGCGGCAGCGAUAUUGAGCUACUGGGCUUCCUAGCCAGCUCAUUACAGACGAUGGCGUCGAUGUUUGGGGUCACGGACUCGUAUACCUCGAAGUUCUCCGCCUUCGUCGACAUCAUGCUAGGUUUUGUCCACGACAGCCACCAGCAAGAUAGAGAGCAGCAGCAUCAGCGACAACAAUCCAUUUCCUCUCAUCAUCAGCAAUAUAGCCCGGCGGCAAGCCAGCAGCAACAUGAACAGAACGUAAAAAUAACACACCAAACAAACGCGUCGAUUCACAGCUUUCCCAUGUCAUAUGAUGCUUUAUCAUCCUCCUCCAAGAAGCAAUCUCCUAUAGCAAGCGAGCCGCUGCAGGUGAAAAGCCGUGAUUCUGCGAUCGCAGCGUCUCCAGGAUCGGCUGCAGAACAUGUAACAGACGCAAACCGUGUAAACAUCGACGUGGAUAAGGGUUUGAUGACGGUACCGGCAGGUCUGCUUGCGAACGGCCGGGACGAAGAGGCUCAUGAGAACUAUAUGUCCGGUUCAAUGGUGUUUGGUGAGUUGGACAGCUCGGAGAUAGGGGUUGACCACAACACUUGGCAGUGA